GGCUCGUAAUUUUGAACAGACGGACGCCGGAGCAGGCAGCGAAACAUCGAUAGGUCCCUACCCCGGGUAAUGGACGGUUUCCACCGCUUGUCACAGCUGGUGAAGUGAAGACGUUAGCGCUGCCUUUAUUUUUUUUUUGGUGAUAAGCAUGAGUUCUCGUGUUAUCACCCCUGGGCCGUAUCGAGCCACGAAACUGUGGAAUGAAGUUACUCGUCUUUUUCGAGCUGGCAUGCCCCUCAGGAAACACCGCCAAAAUUUCCGACACUACUCCUCCUGCUUCACCGCCUCUGCCGCUGUGGAUUGGCUGCACCAGCUGCUCUGUAGCAACAGCAAUUUUGGCCCCGAUGUCACCAGGCAACAGACGGUGCAGCUCCUGAAGAAGUUCCUGAAGAACCACGUGAUCGAAGAUGUGAAGGGUCGCUGGGGCACUGAGGAUCUGGAGGACAACAACUUGCUGUACAGAUUCCCUACCACUUCCCCUCUAAAACCGAUUCCCUGUGCAGCUCCAGCCUCAGCCAGAGGCUCCGUAAAGAAAAGACCUUCAUUCAGGGACAAAGAGGGUUUCUUCAGGUUUAGGAGUAUCAAGAAGCAUGAGAAGGAGACACAAGAAAAUAUAGAUCCUGCCCUCCAAGCAGGGGAAGAGAAUCAGCCAACAGGAGAGCAGCAGGUGCAGAGACGAGAGCUGACAGUUGAGGACGAACAGGACAUCUGGAGAGACAUCACCCUGACCCACCUGCAGAGGAUUCUGGGUGUCGCAUCUCUUGACGACGUUUUAAACCAGCAUUAUGUAGACCCACAGAACAUCAUCCAUAAUAUGACCAAAGUCAACAAGCAUGGAGUGGUCACAUUGGACGACAAGACCAAUGACCUUCCACACUGGGUUUUGUCUGCCAUGAAGAGCCUGGCCAACUGGCCGAAGUAUGACAGCGCAGAGCCGUCCUAUCCUGGCUUUGAAAGAGACGUCUUCAAAACAGUGUCCGAUUACUUCUACAGCCUUCCACAGCCGUUACUCACAUACGAACUUUACGAAUUGUUUAUCAACAUCCUGGUGUUUUGUGGGUACGUUGCAGCGCCCCCCGCGCACCAACGUGGGAAACGCAAGAAGCCUGACCUUCCCUCGGUUCCCCCUCCGGCCAAGACAUCAUUUCGCUCCACAGAGUGUCUCCUCCUGUCACUGAUCAGACAGGGGACAUGUGAUGAGACGGAGUCGCCCAUGAGAGAGGUGCUCGGUGGGAAACUUCAGUCACGGCUGGCGGCAUUGAAAGGAGGUGGGGCAGGUGACGGUCAGUUAGUUGGCAGCUGCAUGAGCCUGAGUACAGCUGUUUCCAUGAGACCUCAGACCCGGAGUUGUUCACUGGAAACCAUCCUCGACGACUCUGCCCCUCUCACCCGGCAACAGCUCUUCUUGUCCAGUGACAGCCUGGGAUCCUGCGCCUACAGCAACAGGAGCCAGGAUGACAGUCCUGCCAUCGCAACACCCCACAGUCAUUCAGACUUUACAUCUGUAUCCAAAGCAAAUCCUGUUACUUGUGGAAACGCUCCAGGAGGUGCAAACAGACAUAGACUACCUGUAGCUUCCACAGCCGGACUGUCAGUCGCACAGAGGUUGCGCCCCUUGCGGCCACACAGCGUCGGCAGCUGUCUGGACAUUGUCAUAGAAACCAGGGAGGAAGAUGUUCAAGAGAUCAAGUGGCAGGGCCGAGCAGCCAGCUGCCUCAAUUUAAACACUCCUGCAGACCAGUAUCGCUCUUCCUCAGCUUCACGUCCUCCCUCGUCGUCCUCCUAUCAUCCUUCCUCCUCUUCCUGUCAUCCUUUUUCCUCUUCCUUGGCCAAAGCACAAGGGUCUCAUACUACUACAGGACCCGCUGGGCCCAGACCCGCCUCCAGCACCUCUAAUCUUUGGACGCUUCCUGCCCCUGCUGUUGUCCGGCGCUGCAUCAGCUCUCUGGAUGUGUCAAAGCCAUCUCUACCUGUGUCACUGUUCAAAACUCCUGUGUGUGUGCCCACCAGCAGCUCCCAGCCCCCUCAACCCAAACCUGAGAACAGCCUUCUCAGGCCUCAGUGUGAGCGCGUGGCCAUCGAGGCCCUGCAGCUUUGCACCCUCCUACUCCCCCCGGCCUCCCGCAGGAAGUUGCAGCUCCUCAUGAGGAUGGUAUCGCGCAUCAGCCAGAACGUGGACAUGCCUCGCCUCCACCCCGCCAUCGGCACUCGAACACUGAUGGUUCACACCUUUUCAGGCUGUGUCCUGGGCAGCGCUGAGGACUGCGAUCUGGACGAGUUGUUAGCCACCAGGCUGGUGUCAUUUCUAAUGGACCAUCAACAAAGCAUCCUCUCAGUUCCUGAGUACCUGCUCAGUGCUAUCAGUGACCAUAUACAGUACCUGCGCACAGUGCAGGUCCCCAUCGACAGUGUUUCUAAUAUUGAUGGCAGCGAUCCAGGUUGCGUUCCAAUGCCUGUGUUCGCGUUCUGCCGCCAGAUUAGUGGUGCUGAGUUUGAAGAGCAAAAGCUGGCAUCUUCCCAGAAGGCCAUGGAGGAGCUACUGGAGAUCCUGCUGACAGACCAAAAAAUAAGUGAGAAGGACAGGCGCAAGAAACUGAAACAGUUCCAGAAGCAGUACCCAGACAUCUACAGUCGUCGGUUUACCCCCCCAGACAGGGAAGACAAGACCAACAGCAAGCCAAAGAUUAAACCCCCCCUCCUCAACAUCAAGAAGACCAAAGCUUUCAGUAUCAGGACCUAACCAGGUGUCAUCCGUGUAGAAGCCACAUUCAUUCCAUCAUUUUUGCUGCACUAUAACUGCACUGACGCUGCGCUCCUGAGAGGCGAUUUGAAAAACUUUGUCUUCUCUCUGCAGCCAUUAAGUUUAUGUUGUUACAUUACACACACUGUUAUUCCUGUCGUGUCUCCUCCACGUGGCUAUAUGAGAGUUAAUGCAGGCUGGGAGACUUCUACAAUGGUUAGAGUCUGUAUUCAUGUUGGGCGAAUGUUUGUGAUGUGUGUUGACAGCUGAGUAAGAUUCAGACAGUAGCUCCUUAGAGCAGUUCACAUUAAUUACCGUGUUUUAGUUAUAGCGUGUUUUUUAUGAAACAGGGUUUUGAUAAAAUGUUUUUUAGAAAAAUCUGUGUUCAUGUCGAUCUGUUAACCCAUUUCCUUCUCACCUCACCUUACUUCUCUAAUGCUAGCUAAUACUGGCGCUUGUGUGUGUGUGUGUUUGUGUCAAUGUAUGAGUGUAGCUUUAGGGAGCAUUUUGGGAGAAAAAUAUGCAAUUCUGGGAUCACUGGUCCACAUGGGAAUAACUAGAUUAUAGAUUAAUUUAUCUGAAUGAUGAGAUUGGGAGCAGUUCUAGAAAUGUCUUUGCUUGAAGUGUCUUGACAUGUUAAAUGUUUUUUUUGUUUUUUUUUUU